GCUCUGUUCCCAGCUCUUACCCAUUCAACCACAAAAACACGAGUACUUAGUAACCUUCAUCCUGCAGAAUCUGCACUUUUUUUGUGCCUUCUAUUCUCCUCCCCCUUUGAAUCAGAAGAUUUCCUUUUCCAUUCAAGGCAUCACUAGAAGUUUCAACGAAAGUCUCCGCCACCCACAGUUGCUCAUUCAUCUCAAUAAUUUAUCUAUCUCAACUCAACCCCCCCCAUGAUGUUAAAAGCUCUUCUUUUCUCUUUAUUCUUCCUAUCACUCUCUACCGUUUCUAUCCCCAUCGGGUUUUAAUGUUUUUUGCUUUCCUCUUUUUUCCUUUUCCCUUCAAUUCUCACCUUUUCAUGUCUUUUUGAAAGAUUUCUCAUUUCUCCCAAAAAAAAAAAAAAAAAUACCCUUUGGAGUGGCUAUCCUAAAGCUUGAACCUUCUUCUUCACAGUUCCCUUAUAUUCCAAAACCCGGGCCUAUUUGUUUCCUCAGUACACCCAACUAGCAUAAGAAAGACAUGAUGGAACAGAGUAGUAUCCUAUGCAAAUACACAGUGCAUCACAACGUUACCAAGAAGCUGGUCUCACCAAAGAAGAAGGCUUCCGAUGCAAAGAGCCACCCCAUAGAGCCAAGAGUGUUGCGGAUAUCCGUCACUGAUCCAGACGCCACGGACUCCUCCGGCGACGAAGAAGGAAACUGCUUAAACCGCCGGAGAAUGAAGCGCUAUGUCAACCGGAUUGAAAUCGAAACCACCACCUCCAAAAAAGUCGCCAACUCCGCCGCCGCCGUCAUCCCGAAUCCCAGGAAAAGGCUCACCGGCGAGCCCUCCUCUAGCCGGAGGCCGGCGAAGCUUCCGGCGACGAACAACGGAAGGAAGUUCCGCGGCGUACGGCAGAGACCUUGGGGGAAAUGGGCGGCGGAGAUUCGAGAUCCGGCACGGAGGGUGCGGGUCUGGUUGGGUACCUUUGACACUGCAGAAGAAGCUGCUAUGGUCUACGACAAUGCAGCGAUUAAGCUUCGAGGCCCUGAUGCUUUGACGAACUUCGUCACGCCACCGGCGCAGAAAGAAAAGCCACCGCAGGAGGAGGCGGAUGUGACUGCCGUGAAACCACAAAUGAAGGUGGUUGUGAAUGCUGAAGCUUCAAGCUCCAGCUACAAUUCGGGCGAUUAUCAGUGUCUCAACCUUUCGUCUCCCACAUCGGUGCUUCAUUUCAGGAGCAACCCGAGCGAGGAAAUCGCGGAAUCUCAAAAACCGGUCGAACCGGAAGAAGCAAGUGAGGCUGAGGAAGUGUGUCAAGUUUUCAGAGAGUGCCAAGGCGAGACAAGUUUGUUCGAUGAGACAGGGGAGUUUUUCCAACCGGAUAUGCCUAUGUGGGACGAUGUUUUCAAUUUCCAAACUUUCGAGUACCCUUUGCUCUUCGAAGAAGAACCGCCCCAGAUGUUGGGCGAAACGACGCCGGAUGGUGAUGAUGAUGACGAUGAUUUCAGUUACAAUAUCACUCUGGCUGAUUCUCUCAUAGAUUUUGAGAAAGCGUGUCCUCCAUCAACGUCGUGCCAAGUGGACGAUUACUUCCAAGACAUUUUGUCAGGCUCAGAUCCUCUGGUCGUGCUCUGAGAUUGAGAGUGAUGGGUUUGUUUUGCUAAUUGCCGUUGUUCACGGCAGAUUUUGGUUC